AUGGUGGUUGCUUUUAUAACAAUUUGUGUAUCAGCAUUAUUUCUGCAGACAACAUCAGCUCAAUGCAGAGGACCGCACACACUCCAACCUAUCGCCCCAAUACCAGACCCUAUGCCAAAUAUUUUGCCACGCACAACGCCAUACGCGCCAAUCCCUGAGCCAAUCCUCCCACCAAUACCCGAGAACGCUGCAGUUUUCAACGGCGGCGGCUUCAAAGUCACCAGUUACUCUGCAGCCGGCCCAACUGGCUUAAAGGUGCACUCAGAUAACUUGGCAGUCGAAGGACCCUUGGCUGUAACAGGGAAACUGCCGUUCUUGGGAGUUGUGACAGUGGAAGGUCCUCUACCAGCUACUGGCCAAGGUGCAGUGGCGUAUGAGUGUGGGAAUGGCAACGUUGGCAUCGUCUCUGAAGGUGCGUUGGGCGAUGGACUUGGAGUAUCCGCUGGUUUAACUGGCCUUGGCUACCAUGGCGCUGGGCAUCCCGUUGGAUAUUAUUAA